AUGUCAUCAGAUGCUCAGACAAAGGGGUUUAGGCUGACGCAUGUUGGUCUCCGAGUUGCGGAUAUUGACCAAUCCGGUUCGUUCUAUUCGGGUGUAUUUGGCAUAAUGGACCUUGGCCGGAUGCUGGAUAUAAUUACAGUUGUUUUCCUCGGAAAUUCUGACGCAUCGAGCCCCAACUUCAGUGAUUAUCCGGACACCGAUUUCGUCAAGAUGGCAAUCGGUGUUCCCUAUAUGACUAAGGCCACGCAAUAUAUCAAAAGCCACCAAGUUAGAGUUAUGAAAGAAGCUGGAUCGACCCCGAGUUUAGAAGUGGUGGCCACGUUCUUGGGUUGCGAAACGCCUGAAAAGUGUUUUGGUAGCUCUUUGUGGCAAGCUGCUGCGGAUAUUCCGUUUGUGGAAGACCAAGAUGGAUAUCUUACUGAAAUUAUACCCUACUGA